AUGGAGAUGCAAGCUGCUGUGGGCAAGGCUCUUGAUGUCAAGUGGCAGCUGACUGAGCGUGUUGACAGGCGCAAAGGCAGGAAGCGCUCCCAUCAAACCCAUCAGACGCGUGAACGUCUUGAGCGCCAUGGCGCCAUCUCGGCUCCUACGACCACAGCCAUCAAGUUGACUGUCGUCUCAGAGGCCUAUCCUCCUAGCAAAGCCUCAAUUUCGACUCUCACCAACAAGGUCUGUCUCAACGAUCUGCUUCUGGAGACUUACCAUCGCGGUAGCUUUCUCGUACUUCGCACGUUUGCUCACUCAACCAAUGUCUCUGAGAUCCAGACAUUCAUGCCAGUUGAAGACGAGACUGGUGACGUAGACAGAAUCGCCAUCUUCAACUUCGGUCUUGCAUCUUGGCCACAGAAACAACUCCCAUCUGGCGCUGUUCUCGGCAUCAAGGAGCCAUUCUACAGUACAGUCUCUGAAGACAUGGGCAUGGCACUGUGUGUCCAUCAUCCCUCCGACGUCGUGUUUCUUGACGAAGACCACCCUAUGUUUCCUCACGAAUGGGAGUCAUCAGCUCGACCCAAGACGGCUUCCGAGUGGAAGCUCGACGGCAACAACGCUCUGAAGAGCAGAGACUACAUCAAGGCCAACCAUUGCUACACAAAGGGCCUCACUGCUCUAGCCCCUGCCGACAACGAAAUCAAGUUCGAUCUUCUUCGUAACAGAGCUCAAGCUAGACUCUCACUCGGCUGUUACGAGACAGCAAAGGCGGACGCCAUCGCUUCUACAGAAGAAGGAGCUACAAGCGAUGAGUCGAAGCACAGAAAGGCUCUAUAUCGUGCUGGCCGAGCUGCAUACGAGCUUCACGAUUACGAACUUGCUCAAGAAAUGUUCCAGCAACUAUUACGUACCCUCCCAUCUGACCAGGACGGUAUAAGAGAGCUCAAGCGCACACAGGUGCGCAUCCAGGAGGCUGCUUACGGUGACUUCGAUUUUGCGACCAUGCUCAAGAAGAUCUCAGAGACAGCAAACUAUCACUCCGAGCAGGCCAACUACUUGCGUCGUACCAGUGUUCGUAAGGCUGAAGGCAGGUCCAAGGGUCUGUUCGCUACGGAAGAUAUCGUCGCUGGAGAAAUCAUCCUGUGCGAAAAGGCUUUCAUUGCCUCGAACACUCCCGACAACUCACCAGGCUUAAGUGUGAUCAUCAACCCUACCAACAACGUCGGCAUGCAUGGCAGUCAUGCUGCUAUUUGGAUUGAUGCUGUACGCAAGUCUUUCCACAACCCAUCUCAGAACAUCAACGACUUGUACGAUGGUACGCCCCGCUCUGCUGCAUCAGCCGCUGAUUCAGGGUCUCUGAUUGUUGAUGGCAUGCCAGUCGUCGAUGUUUUCCGUCUCCAGAACAUCAUUGACCACAACAGCUUUGGCUUUGAAGCCGACAAGGACAGGGUUCGUGCUGAUGUAAAGAAGGCUGUCAGAGCCGACUCCUCUGGUGUCUGGCCUCACGCUGCCCGCAUGAAUCAUUCUUGCCUCUUCAACUCCAGCCGUGGCUUCGUCGGCGACUUCAUCAUUGUCCGCGCCAACAAGGAUAUCGGCAGAGGUGACGAGAUCACAACCAUGUAUUGCCCUGUCGAUGGGAACUUCGAGCAGCUCAGACACAACCUCAAGAACUGGGGUUUCUCCUGCGAUUGCAAGUUGUGCACGGCUGAGAACCAGUGCGAAGAAAGUCGCUCAAGCCUUAUGUUCGAGGUCGAUUCAUUCCUCAAGACCCAUCCGCUCGAACAGAUUACGGCUUUGAUGGCCAAGGAUGCCGUUCCUGCUAAUCUCGUUGACGAGGCCAAGCACUUCGAGAAGCUCCUUAAGAAGUCAUACCCUCUGAAGUUGUUCGCUACCUAUGUCCCAAAGACAAAGCAGAUCCUCGAGUUGCUUCCCACGAUGGGCCUGGCUGGAAUCCAUGAAUGGCUUAUGUUCGCUCACUGGCGUCAGCCUCCACGUGCCCUCGACUAUGCGACCUUUGUCUUGAUGGAUCAUGAUUACAAGGUCACCAUGAGCAAGACCGGAGGCAUCAAGCUUGACCGCAUCAAUUGUGUUCUGAGCAUGAAGGCUGUUAUCGCCAUGCAGUACAUUGAGCACUUCUAUACCAAGGCUGGCAAGAAGUCUGUUGCCAGAUCUGCUAGAGCUUUGGCUGAGGAGAUGCAUGUCACUUUCAGGGGCAGCAUGGUCGACUACAAGGGUUUCGUUGAUUGA